CUUGCCGAGCGCGGAUCUUGGAGCCAGCGAGCUCACUGCUGCUGCGGCUGCGCCUCCUGGUCUUCCGCGUCACCGCUGCCGCCAUGCCCGGAGGGCUCCUUCUCGGGGACGAAGCCCCCAACUUCGAGGCCAACACCACCAUCGGCCGCAUCCGUUUCCACGACUUUCUGGGAGACUCAUGGGGCAUUCUCUUCUCCCACCCACGGGACUUUACCCCGGUAUGCACCACAGAGCUUGGCAGAGCUGCAAAGCUGGCACCUGAGUUUGCCAAGAGGAAUGUUAAGUUGAUUGCCCUCUCAAUAGACAGUGUUGAGGACCAUCUUGCUUGGAGCAAGGAUAUCAAUGCUUACAAUGGUAAUGAGCCCACAGAAAAGUUACCUUUUCCCAUCAUUGAUGAUAAGAACCGGGACCUUGCCAUCCUGUUGGGCAUGCUGGACCCAGCAGAGAAAGAUGAAAAAGGCAUGCCUGUGACUGCGCGUGUGGUGUUUGUUUUUGGCCCUGAUAAGAAACUGAAACUGUCUAUCCUCUACCCCGCUACCACUGGCAGGAACUUUGAUGAGAUUCUCAGAGUAAUUAUCUCUCUCCAGCUGACAGCAGAGAAAAGGGUUGCCACCCCCGUUGAUUGGAAGGAUGGAGACAGUGUGAUGGUCCUUCCAACCAUCCCUGAAGAGGAAGCCAAAACACUUUUCCCUAAAGGAGUCUUCACCAAAGAACUCCCAUCUGGCAAAAAAUACCUCCGCUACACUCCCCAGCCUUAAGUCUCUCCAGAAGUUGGGGGUUGCAGCUUCUCCCUGAGUACAGUGAGCCCGAGGAUCCCACCUGCCAGCGUUUCCUUGCAGCAGUUCUGUAGACACAUCCUGGUGUGAUUACAGCCGAGAUCCUUAGGUUGCUUAUUAAAUGGAAAUGGCACUAAAGCUUUCUUGGGAUUCUUUACUCUGUGCCUUCACCAGCAUUCUGUUCCGUUCCUACAUCUGAGCACUCUCUGCUGGCUGGCUCUGAAAUAGAUUCUAAUUUGAGACAUAUCUUGUUGGAUCUCUUCAGGGUUUGCGAUCGACAAGGUAGUCGCAGGUGAUGGUUGAGAAAGCUUGCUUCACUAUCAUAGAAUAUCAGUUUUUGUAACUUUCCUAAUCGAGUCCCCUCUUCUGUUACCCUGUUUGGAGAACAAAAAUCAAGUUUGAGCUUUCUCUAUAAAUAUCUAAGUAUGUAACCCAGGAACUUAGAGUAACUCUUAUAUUCCUUAAUACUCAAUGUUUUUAUCACAGCUGCAGGAAAACUUAAAUUCUAUACUUUCCUAGUAGAUAACUGACCUGGGAAGAGCAGGGGGGAGAAUUCUUUAAAUAUUAUGCUAUAAAAAAAUUUUUAUAAUUUCUCUCAAAAGGGAGAGGCUGCAGAAAAGCUUCCUUUGCCUGACAGGGAAGGUGUGAGCAGGACAGUGCCAUGUGCCUUUCACAGGGUAUUUCCAUAUGUCACUUUGCUGUCCAAUAACAAAUGCAUGUGAUGACACACCUUAUAUAAACAGAGAAGAGGCUCUUGUAGGGGGUUGCUAAUUUUCUGAAUUUCGCUUUUGGGGGAAUCAGCAAAUAAAAUCUGUUGUUGAAACUGCAUCAGAGAAUUCUGUUGUCACAUUUUGAAGCACUAAUU